AUUCCUUCUAUAAAGCUCAACCAAACAAUCACACACACACACACACACUUUUUCUAAAGCUCUCACCAUGGCCACUCUUUCUUGCCAACCUUCCGAUUUGAUUCCCCUUCUCGGCUCUUCAGCCACCACCAACUCUACUGCGGUAGCCGAGUUUCUAUGCUCCAGAUUCACCACAAUAGCCACCACUUUCAGCUCCACCACCUAUGCCAUCGAUAACACCUACCUUCUCUUCUCCGCCUACCUCGUCUUUGCCAUGCAGCUUGGUUUUGCCAUGCUUUGUGCUGGAUCCGUCCGUGCCAAAAACACUAUGAACAUCAUGCUCACCAAUGUCCUUGACGCCGCUGCCGGUGGCCUCUCCUACUACCUCUUCGGUUUCGCCUUUGCCUUCGGUGCUCCCUCCAACUCCUUCAUCGGCCGCCAUUUUUUUGACCUCUCCAGUGUCCCUAAUCCCUCUACUGACUAUAGCUUUUUUCUCUAUCAAUGGGCCUUUGCUAUUGCUGCUGCAGGAAUCACCAGUGGCUCCAUAGCUGAACGAACCCGAUUUGUGGCCUAUCUCAUCUACUCCACUAUUCUAACUGGCUUCAUCUACCCUAUAGUCUCCCAUUGGUUUUGGUCUGCUGAUGGGUGGGCCAGCCCAACACGAUCCAACAACCUUCUAUUCAACUCAGGUGCAAUUGACUUUGCCGGGUCCGGUGUGGUCCACAUGGUUGGUGGUGUAGCCGGUCUUUGGGGAGCUUUAAUCGAAGGCCCAAGAAUCGGUCGAUUUGAUCGAUCCGGUCGAUCUGUCGCCCUUCGCGGCCACAGUGCAUCACUCGUAGUCCUCGGCUCCUUCCUCCUUUGGUUCGGCUGGUAUGGAUUCAACCCCGGUUCAUUCCUAACAAUUUCCAAAUCCUACAACGAUGGUCGUCCUUACUAUGGCCAAUGGAGCGCCAUAGGUCGAACUGGAGUCACCACAACACUAGCUGGAUGCACAGCUGCCUUAACUACCCUUUUUGCAAAGCGUCUCUUAGUCGGCCAUUGGAACGUAAUCGACGUGUGCAACGGCCUAUUAGGGGGGUUUGCCGCCAUCACAUCUGGUUGCGCUGUGGUGGAGCCAUGGGCGGCAGUGAUAUGUGGUUUCGUAGCAUCUUGGGUGUUAAUUGGGUUCAACAAGCUAGCGGAGAGGCUGAGCUUCGAUGACCCAUUAGAAGCGGCACAAUUGCAUGGCGGGUGCGGGGCAUGGGGUUUGAUAUUCACAGGACUAUUUGCGACAAAGAAAUACGUCGGGGAGGUAUAUCAAGUCGGGCGGCCUUACGGAUUGCUGAUGGGCGGGGGAUGGAGGCUAUUGGCUGCACAAGUGGUGGAAAUUGUAGCGAUAUUUGGGUGGGUGUCUUUGACAAUGGGAGGGUUGUUUUAUGGGUUGAUGAAAGGGAAACUAUUGAGAAUAUCAAGGGAGGAUGAAAUGGCAGGGAUGGAUUUAACGAGACAUGGAGGAUUUGCUUAUGUAUAUAAUGAUGAAGAAGAUAUAUCAGAGAAGUCGUCUGGUUUUAUGAUGAGGACAAUUGAGCCUGCUGAUGCUAGUUCUCCCAAGGACCAUACUUCUUCUGGGAUAGGGGCUGUUUGAUUCAGAUUUUGAAUCCAACAACGUCGUCGAGUAUGAGCCAAUUUGUUUUUGUUGUAGUUUUAGUUUAAACCUCAAUUGAAGCUACUUGUGUUAUUCUGUUAGUUGAUAUAGUAUUGAAAAGAACAAUGUUAGAUUAUAAAUAUAUAGGUUUUGAUUUCUUUUUUUAAAGUUUAAGAAGGACUAGAGGAACUUGAACCUUCAACCUAAUCGAGAUGUAAAUAAUAUUUAUGGUUAUAAUUAGUUAGUAAAAGAUGAAGGUGAUUGUGGGUAAA